AUGCCCGCGUUGACGCACGCUGUACCGUGCGUUCCAAGCCGUCUGGAAAGCCUUCCAAACGAGAUCUUACACCUCAUUAUCGACUUUCUUCCCUCGCACUGCUAUUGGCGGUUUGCUUUGGCCAAUUCGAAACUCAAAAGCCGCCUUGUUCCGCUCCUUUUUGGGAGCUCGAAGCUCGGCCGCAGAGAUGAGCUUGUUCAGAUGGUCGCUCAGUUCAGUUACAAUUACAUGCUGACCACGGCCCUUUCCUUCGGACCUGUGAAGACCACUCUCACGACAAGCACGGUUAUUCGCUGCUACUAUUACUAUGCCCGUGGCCGCCGGCGUCCUGUUGGGUUCGCCUCUUUGGCCGAAGACACUCUUCCAGCCAGCACACUCAACAUGGCCCUGACAAACGGUUUGGGCGCGCAGUCAAUCCCCGUCAUCCGCACCCUUCUUGCUGCUGGUGCCGAUGACUGCACAUCGCGUUUCUGGCUGAAUAAGUAUUGCAUGGAGUACCAUAUCGCUCUUGCCGAGCGUACACCCUUGCACGUCGUGGAUAACAUUCGCGCUCUUGCCGUCUUACUCGAACCGGGCUCGAAUUGUCUGCGCUAUCUGAACACAGUCAGCUUCACGCGCUGGCCCACCCCCCUUGCAACAGCUAUUGCUUCCCACCGCUCCUUUGAGUUUGUCAAGAUGCUCAUCGACGCCGGUGCUGAUGCCAGUGGUCCUCAUCCCAACUAUGCCACCGACCAAGAGCUCAUCGAUGUCUAUGACGAAGAAGGAGUCGAGUACGACACCCGUUUCAAAGGCACCCUCGAAAGGGCGUUUGGUGGCCACUGGCUCAGCGGCGUGCCGGGGGAUGAAUACUGGCUGACGCACUUCGAGAUUGCCUGUCUCUUCGGCCGUUUUCAGACAGCCGAGCUCCUCCUCCGCUCCGGCGCCUCCAUUUUCGAAUGCACCCGAUACAACGGCCCUCUGCAUGCCCUCGAAACGGGCAUCCGCGCCACAAACGCCUCCGGCGACGGCCGCCGCGGCAUCGCCUUUGUCGACCUGUUCAUGCGUAACGGCCUAGAGACUUUCUUCAACUCACCCCUCAUCAUGGGCACGCAAUGGUUUGUCAGUGAGGCUGUCUUCAUGCGCUUCCUCACCUGGGGCGUGAAUCCCAUGGUAUCCUAUCUUGACCAGCAUGGAAUCACGUCCCUGGCACGCUACCUCGUCACCGUCCAGACCAUCUUCGGCCCAGACUAUAUCACGAUCGCCGAGCGAACCCGUCUCCGCUGCAUCAAGGCCAACGCUCUCCUCGCCUGCGCUAUGACUGCCGGCGACGCCGAAGGCUUCUGUCGUCAGUGGGCCAUCAGCGAGGGCCUCCUUAUCUUGAGGUGGGGCUUCGAGGCCGGCUUCCACUCAUCGCAACGCCGCUCAGGCGCCAUCCUUGCCGUCAACGGCAUGGUGGAGCUGUUCGAACAGGACCUCGACCACAUUCCGAUCUGGCGCAAGCUCUUCUUCGAGAACCGCGAGGACUGCCCCUACAUCGACACGCUGCACAUUUGUCGUCGAGUCGGUGGAGCUUUCUCCUCAAGAGCGAGGGUUCCCGUCUGUCCCAUUCUGUGGUCCAUCGUCAUUCCCGAUGUCGAUGCCGAAGACAUUCGGGCCAUUUUGAAUUGGAGAACGGUGGCGCUCAUGACGCCUUUUACCUAUGAUAACUUUUCGGGACAGGGCUACAGACACAUGGAAGUCAAGCGCGACGACAACAUGGUCCGCAUUAUCAGGACUCUUCUCCGGGCUGGUGUGCCCGUUGACGCUGUGGACAACAGGGGUCAGACGUUGAGGGACUAUGCGCUUCGCACAGGCUGGGGUGAGGUUUGGCAGCGGGCCCUGGAAUGUGAGGGUUUGCAUGAGGAUGCACAGGGCGAUGGCAUGCAAGACAUUGGCAUGCAAAGCGAUGACAUGCAAAACGACAGCAUGGGCAGUGAUAGCACAUGA